CAAAUUCGCGAACAAUGCCUUUUAAGUUUACGACUGCUGAGUAUGCCGAUAUGGUGUUUGUUUUGGGUAAUUGCGAUGGAAAUGCUACUCUAGCUUCACUGGAAUAUCAACGGCGUUUCCCAAAUCGUCGCAUUCCAUCCCCGAAAACGUUUACCACAACUUUUCAUGCACUCAGAGAAACUGGUUCACUUCCAAGUGUUCGCAUUCACUACGAACGGGUAAGUCAGCAGAGUGUUGUAGAAGAAGAGAAUAUCCUUGCUAUGGCCGAGCGUAAUCCCGGUGUUAGUACACGACGGAUAUCCACGCCUUUAGUGAUUCCCAAUACCAGGGUAUGGAGAACAUUAAACAAGAAUCUGUUGUAUCCAUACCAUCUACAGCGUGUUCAACAUCUGGAGCCAGAAGAUUUCCCUAGGCGGGUAGAAUUUUGUCAGUGGUUGAAUAAUAAUAGGAAUUUGUAUCGCUACAUCUUAUUUACGGAUGAGUCACAAUUUACCAGAGACGGUAUCAACAACACCCAUAACAUGCAUCAAUGGUCGGACGUCAACCCUCAUGCCACCGUAGAAAGUAAUUUUCAACGUAGAUUUAGCGUUAAUGUGUGGUGUGGAAUGUUAUACGAUCAACUUAUAGGGCCAUUUAUUAUUGAAGGUCGCCUUAAUGGACCAAAGUAUCUACAAUUUUUAGAGGAAGAACCCCCGCGAUUGCUUGAAGAUGUACCUCUGGCAAGACGAUUAAGAAUGUACUUGCAACAUGAUGGAACUCCACCUCAUAUUUCCCGAAUUGUCACUGCUCACCUAAAUGAGCAUACCCUGGUCGCUGGAUCGGUCGAGGUGGGCCACAUAUUUGGCCAGCUAGGUCUCCAGACCUCAAUCCGUUAG